GGCUGUCUAUGCUGUGAGACUGGAAAAGGACACGAGAGAACUUCCUGGCAGCGAUGGUAUAAAAUACACACCAGGGCAGGCAUACACAUACCCAGCGUCUGCUAUAUGCCAGACGCCAUUCUGGGUGCUGGGGCUUUCUCAAGGGGCAAAAACUGACAAAACUCGUCAUCUCUGGUUCACGACCACGGGGUCCCGCACACACAGGCCUGAGUGAAGAGAAACCUCGACAGGCACCGGCUCCCGUUUCUCACCUCAGCCUUCCCGCCCGAACUGCAGUACCCUCCUCAGCCCUUCUCGGCCUGACAUCCCUCAGCACGGAUUCGAUUGCCUCCCGGGCCCUCCUCAACCUGGAUCCGAUUCCCUCAACGCUCCAGGGUUAGGGUUUCCGGUUCUCUCCCGGUCUUCCCAGACUCAGGCAGCCUCCGUUUUCCUCCUUGCCCCGCCUCUGGCAGGCUUCCGCUUCCCUUUACUUUCCUCCCUGCCCAGGUUUCCGAUUACUUUCUCGGCUUGGGCUCUAGUUCAUGCAAAGACCUCUCGCUCCCACGAAACCAUCACCCGGCUCUUUCAUGUUUUAAGAACCACCAGCGGCAACCUUCCGCGGAGGACGAAAGAUCAGCCCAUCCGAAACUCUCAGGAGUUUCGGAGGCGUGACGUGAAAUUCGCGACGGUUGUACUCUGCCGCGCUCCAAAACCAGAACAUUUUUUUUAGUGUUGGACUACGUUUCCCACAAGCCCCAGGGCCACGAAUGGACUUCGACUUUUGGUUCCGCUUCCGGUAUCUUCGUGGUUAUUGGGUUUUGCCUGAUGAGUUAAGGUGAUCCAGGUCGGGUUGCGGGAGGAGCUCGCGGUAUGGAGGUCCUAAGCUCCCGGGGCGCGGUUCUGCAAGAGAAGCCUCCUGAAGUAGAGGAGAGUGUUGCUACUUAACAGCGCGUUCAAGGAGCUGGGUGCUUUGUAGGUGGGGAGAGGGUGAGUGCAGCAGCCAGAGGUUUCAGUUUGCCAAGAUCUGUUGGCAUGGAAAUCCUACCCCAAGAUUCAAGACAGACAACUGGAACCCCAGUAUUCUCACCAGGGCCACACCCAAGUUUUGACAGGGAGCAUGUCAUCGGAGCUCCUAACGCUGUCAUGGCAGAAAUGGAAUUCCCUGACCAAUUCCUUACAGUUCUAAGCAUGGACCAUGAAUUGGUGACUUUCAGGGAUGUGGUCAUCAGCUUCUCUCAAGAGGAAUGGGAAUAUCUGGAUUCGGCUCAGAGGGACUUAUAUUGGGAUGUGAUGAUGGAGAACUAUAGCAACUUGGUCUCACUGGAUUUGGAGUCCAAGUAUGACACAAAGUAUUUAUUUAAUGGAAAGGACAUUAUUGAAAAUAAUGGUUUUCAGUGGAAAGUAACAGAAGGUAAAUUCAUUGGUUUGGAGAGCUCCAUUUUCAGAAAUGACUGGCAAAGCAAAAGCAAGACUGAAGUACAAAGACCUGAAGUGGGAUAUUUCAGCCAAAUGAAAAUCAGCUCUGAAAAAGUGCCAAAUUAUAAACAUCAUAAAUCUCUUAUAUCACAUCAGAGAAUUCAUGAAAGCAAGAAACCCUAUGAAUAUAAGGAAUAUGAAAAGGUCCUUAGCUGUGACUUAAGUUUUGAUGAAUGUGAGAAAAUACAUACUGGUGAGAAAACAUAUCAGUGUAAUGCAUAUUGGAAAACCUUUGGAGAUGACCCACAUACCCUACAACUGAACAUUCAUACUGGUGUAAAACCUUGUAAAUAUAUGGAAUAUAGGAAUCCAUUUAGUUUUUAUGAAGACCUUAGUAUACACCAGAAAAUGCAUGAUGAUCAGAAGUGCUAUAAAUGUAAGGAAUUUAAAAGGACCAUUAGAAAAGUUGAAGAAAUAACUCCACUAAAAAUAAUUCAUGAUGGUGAGAAAGCCUAUGAAUGCACUUUCUGUGGGAAAUCCUUUAGAGUGCAUGCACAACUUGCUCGACACCAGAAAAUCCAUACUGAUGAGAAACCUUACAAAUGUAUGGAAUGUGGCAAGGACUUUAGAUUCCAUUCACAGCUAACUGAACAUCAGAGAAUUCAUACUGGUGAGAAACCGUACAAAUGUAUACAAUGUGAGAAGGUCUUUAGAAUUAGUUCACAGCUUAUUGAACAUCAGCGAAUUCAUACAGGUGAGAAACCUUAUGCAUGUAAAGAAUGUGGAAAAACCUUUGGGGUAUGUAGAGAACUGGCUCGACAUCAGAGAAUUCAUACUGGAAAGAAACCCUAUGAAUGCAAGGCAUGUGGAAAAGUCUUUAGAAACAGUUCAUCCCUGACUAGACAUCAGAGAAUUCAUACUGGUGAGAAACCCUAUAAAUGUAAGGAAUGUGGGAAAGCUUUUGGAGUAGGUAGUGAACUUACUCGACAUCAGAGAAUUCACAGUGGUCAGAAACCUUAUGAAUGUAAAGAGUGUGGAAAGUUCUUUAGACUUACGUCAGCACUUAUUCAACAUCAGAGGAUUCACAGUGGUGAGAAACCUUAUGAAUGUAAGGUAUGUGGGAAGGCUUUUAGACAUAGUUCAGCCCUUACUGAACAUCAGAGAAUUCACACUGGAGAGAAACCUUAUGAAUGCAAAGCAUGUGGGAAAGCCUUUAGACAUAGUUCAUCCUUUACAAAACAUCAGAGAAUUCAUACUGGUAAGAAACCCUAUGAAUGUGAGGAAUGCGGGAAUGCCUUUAGUCCUGAAGCAGAUCUCCUUCAGCAUGAUCAAAUUCAUACUAGAGAGAAACCUCAUGAAUGUAAUGAAUGUGGAAAAACCUUCAGCCUGAAGGAAAACCUCAUAGAGCAUAAGAAAAUGCAUACUGGAGAAAAAUCACAUGAAUGUACUGAAUGUGGUAAAGUAUUCUCUCGAGUCUCCUCCCUUACUCUACAUUUGAGAAGUCAUAGAGGAAAGAAACCAUAUAAAUGUAAUAAAUGUGGAAAAGCCUUCAGUCAGAAGAGAAACUUCCUUUCUCAUCAGAAACAUCAUACGGGAGAGAAACUCUAUGAGUGUGGGAAAGCUUCUAUUCAGAUGUCAAGCCUCAUUAAACACCAGAGAAAUCAUACUGGAAACAAACCCUAUGCAUGUAAGGAAUGUGGAAAAGCCUUCAAUGGCAAAUCAUAUCUCACUGAGCAUGAGAAAAUCCAUACAGGAGAGAAACCAUUCGAAUGUAAUCAAUGUGGAAGAGCCUUCAGCCAGAAGCAGUACCUCAUUAAACAUCAGAAUAUCCACAGUGGAAAGAAACCCUUUAAAUGUAAUGAAUGUGGAAAAGCCUUUAGCCAGAAAGAAAACCUGAUUAUCCAUCAAAGAAUACAUACUGGAGAGAAACCUUAUGAAUGCAAGGGGUGUGGGAAAGCUUUCAUUCAGAAGUCAAGCCUCAUUAGACACCAGAGAAGUCAUACAGGAGAGAAACCCUAUAUAUGUAAAGAAUGUGGGAAAGCCUUCAGUGGCAAAUCAAAUCUCACUGAGCAUGAGAAAAUUCAUAUUGGAGAGAAACCCUAUAAAUGUAAUGAAUGUGGAACAAUCUUCAGGCAGAAGCAAUACCUCAUUAAACAUCACAAUAUUCAUACAGGAGAGAAACCCUAUGAAUGUAAUAAAUGUGGAAAAGCCUUCUCUCGAAUCACAUCACUUAUUGUACAUGUGAGAAUUCAUACGGGGGAUAAACCUUAUGAAUGUAAAAUAUGUGGGAAAGCCUUCUGUCAAAGCUCAUCUCUUACUGUUCAUAUGAGAAGCCAUACAGGUGAAAAGCCCUAUGGUUGUAAUGAAUGUGGAAAAGCCUUCUCUCAGUUCUCAACUCUUGCUCUACAUAUGAGAAUCCAUACUGGAGAAAAACCUUAUCAGUGUAGUGAAUGUGGGAAAGCUUUUAGCCAGAAGUCACAUCAUAUUAGACACCAGAGAAUUCAUACUCACUAAAGCUCGAUAAACGCCUUGAAUUUAGGAAAAGCUUCAGCAAAACUCAGACUUAAUGGUAUACCAGAAAUUCAUUUUAUAAUAAAGUGGCUUGAAUGUGGAAAAUACUUCAACAAAUCAAAACUUAAAUACUAACAAUUUUAAUAAGUAUCAUAGUUUAAAAACCUAUGCUCCCAGAACUCCCACAGCAAACAUUGUUAAUGAUGUACUUUUAGGAGCAAUCUCAUUGAAGUAAGUAUGGAUCCAGUCAUGGACACUAAGCAGCAUGGUUCUGGAAGGCCUACCUGAUGCAUUAAGACAAAGAUAUGAGAGGUAUAAAGAUUUUAAAUUAAGAGACAAAAUUGUCAUUUUUAAAAUUUUUUGCUACAGAUGUAAUCAAAAGUAUUUGUUCUUGAUGCAUUCAUAGAAAUCAAAGAUUGGGACAGAAUAUUGUAUUCAGAAACAUGCAUGCCUUUAUGGGGAAUUGGUAAUUGAUAGAGAUGAUAUCAAAAGUUGGUAGGGGAAUUAUGGAUGAUUCAAAAAAUGGUCUCAGGGUAACAUUCUUCAUGUGGAAAAAAUAUUGGAUCUCUGCCAUAGUAAUACAUUAAAGAAUUUAUUAUGAAAUCCAAAAGUAUUGUAAAGACCAGAAUGCAAAAAGCAAAACUUGGUAACAUAAGAAUUUUAUAGGAGAAUGUUUUUAAAACCUCCAGUAGGAAAGAAUUUCUAAAAUAGAUUCCAGAACACACACUCUUGAGUGUACAUGCAUAUACCCAAGAAACUGAUACAUGUACUUAAGUUAGGGAGUCAUGUAUCUUUAUGUUCAUUGCAGCAUGAAUUACAUUAGCAAAAAAUUGGAAACGUGUGUUGCUUGUGAAAUGGAUAAAUACAAUGUGAUAUAGGCACACAGUAGAAUAUUCUCUAGUAGUUAAGUAUAACAUAACAGAUUAUAUAUAUAAAUAGAAAGACCUGAAAAAUCAUGUGGCGUGAAAAAAAUGAAGAGAUCAAUAUGUUAUAAUCGUUAGCUCUGUGAAUUUCAAUGAAAUCAACACUAUUAUUAAGCAUUAGUUAUGGAAGAACAUUUUUACGGAAAACUGAAGAAUGGAUUGGAAGGAUACACACUCAUUUCCCAAAAGUGAUUGCCUCUAGAAAGAAAGGUAGCAGAAAAGAAAUGGGACCAAGCAUGGUUGUUAAAGGAUAUUUCAGUUUUGUAUCUAAAUACCAUCAUUAAAAAGAAAUAAAGAUUCCAACUAAAUAUAACAAAAUGUUAGUUAACUCUGGGUUGUGGUAAUAUAUGUAUGUGUUCUAUUGUUUGUGCUAUUCCUGAAAAUUAAAAAAGAUAAAGAUAUGAGUAGGAAAGUUGUACAUGCAGUACAUGUAAUAAUGGACUCACAAUCCCAGGCAGAUGCUACUAUUUUAUAGAAAAUAUUUCUAAAAUCAUACCUUUAUUAGAAGUUAUUUUUUUUAAUUGGUUGGUAGCUUAAAUUAUUUAAAUGUACUCUUGCAUGUCACAUCACUAAUAUGUGUGGUCUCAGAAAUUAAAGCAUGAUUCUGCAACAGGUUAAGUGGGUUACAUACAUUUAAGAAUCAUAUGAUUUAAUAAUACUUGCACAGACUUGAUACUAAGAACUAGUUUUUACUGAAACAUCAGAAAUUUUAAGAGUCCACAUAACCAGUAUUAGCAUUAAUAAUUUGAUAUUUUUUAAAUGAAGAAACCAAGUUACUCUUAAAUUUUUAAAUAUGCCACUGAGUAAAACUUCAACUCUUGCAUUUUACCUUCAAUUUUAACCUCAGAGAUUUUUAUUCUCUAUUCUGCCAGAUAUAAUUGAUAAAUCCCCUGUUUGUUUGUUUCUUUGGUGAAAAUGGUGCUAAAAGAGAUCUGAGACCUAAACAGUAUUGUUUUAUGUGAAGCAAAUCUUUUUGCCAAUUUUUGUUUACUUGAUCCCUUUCUACAACAACUUGACACAUAAAGAGUUGUUAAUGCUCUUUUUGAACAGUGAUAAAAAUGAGUAUGCAAUAUUUAAACCUUAGGCAUAUGUCAAAUAUAUCAAUUUCUUUGAAAUACAAAAUAAUGAAAUGCUAAUAAAACCAUAGUACUACACCACUUAUUAGCAGUUUUGAAGAUUGGUCUUAAGAUUAUAAAUUCCAGGGGUUGCUUAUGUGUUUACAUGAAUCUAAAUUAUCCUCUAUUUUCUUCCAUUCUUCAUUAAACAUUCCCCUUGUAUUUCUUAAGUGUUUUGCCCUUCCAUUUGUACAGCUUUGAAGUCACCAGAGCAAUUUAGAACUCUUAAUUCAGACCAAACUAGGAGGAUUACCUUUUGGUGCCUGCAGUGGGUUGGUGCCAAGGUGCAACAAUGAUUACGAUAGAUAGAGUAAGAUGAGUAACACCUGUGAUACUGUAUACUGUAAAUUUACUCUGAUAUUCCCUACUGAUUGAACUUGUUGCUAGUUAUUUGCCACCACAAACAACCCUACAGUAAACAUUUUUUUUUAACAUUCUUAAAAUCAGACCUUACAUUUCAGAUGUUUUUAUUUCUGAGGCAAAAGAUUGUUAAAGGACAUAUACUAUUUUUUAAUUUUAAUAGAUAAUAUCGGUCAUUUUCAGAAACACAUCUUUCCUCUAACCCUGCAAUAGAUGGUAAUAUACUACUUAAAUUUAUGUUUGUCUGAUGAGCAUACACCUCAACUGCUCCUAGAUUUGCUGCUUUGUAAAUUUUUGCAUUGUUGGCUCAUUUUCCUAUAGGAUUAUUUAUCUGUCAAUUUUGAAGACCUCUUUAUAUGUUAGACGUUAGGAAUUUGCCUAAUUUUUGUCAUAAAAAUAUUUUUCCAUAAAAAUAUCUUAAAUUUCUGUGUAAUCAAUAUGUAUUUUUUCUAAGCUUACGGAUUGGUUAAAAAGAUACUUUAAUCUCUAGAUUGUAUAUGUAAUUUUUCUUAGGUUUUCUUGCAAGUUGUUUAUUGUUUACUUUUUUCAAUAUGUAAAUAUUUAAUAUAUCUAGAAUUUAUUUUUUAAUGUCCUAUAAAAUGAAGAUUCAUUGUUAUUUUCUUCCAGAUGGGUUUCCAGUUAUACAAGCACAAUUUGUUAAAAUAACCCAUCUACUCAGCAGUCACAUAGUUCUGACACCAAUCUGCGGUGUCCACCAACAGCAAUCACAGAUUUGAACUGGCAAUCAAAAAAACAGAAUAGGCUUUAACCCACCAUUAGGUUUAUUAUUAGCUUUGUCCUGAUCAAAACAACAACAGCAACAACAAAACCACCUUUACAAUACUGCAACUAUCCAAGCAAAGAUAGAUUCGAGGACCUAUGUACUGCUGAAGGGAGAAAAGGUCAGAAUGGGUGCAGUUCACCUAAGCCCUGGGAAACAACAUUCUCACCCAGGAUAUCUUACUAUAACCCACCACUGUAUCUGCAUGGUGUACCCCCAUCACAUGGGGCACACCCAGUUGUAAGACUGAAACCCACUUAAGCACAGGGAAGCUGCUACCUUGUUUUCCCAAGACUUAUGAUACCUUAGUCAUAUAGGCUAGCCAUGUCUUCAUGCCAAUUCACAGCUCUUCCCUCAUCUAGGUACAGGAUACAAAUGAAUCUACAGUAGUAUUUUCUUCAAGGAAACUGGUAUGAAGGCAAAUCUAAGGUUCUUUUUCUACACAUGGGUCAGUAGGAAAGGUCUGUUGUUUUUACCAGUACCAUCCUUUUCCUAUUUAACUGACUCAGUUAUGUGAUCCUUUAACCAUAUGAUCUUUUUCUCAUUCAACUGAAACUGCUUGUAGUUUGUACCAAAACCUGUCCUGUAUUUUCAUUUCACUAAUUUAUUUUUCUACUUCUAUACUAAUACCAUAUUAACUGAUAAACUGAUUUAACACUAGCCUUACUGCAUUUUGAUACUGCAUAUUAGACCAAGUCCUCGCUGUUUUUCAUAGUUUUAUUGGCUAUUCUAGUUUUCUUUCUAUAUAAAUGAAGAUGGUGUUCUCAAAAUACAAAAACUCUUUGAUAGUUGGAAUUACAUUAAAUUUAUAUAUUUAUUUUGAGAGAAAUGACAUUUUUUAUUUUGUCUUCCUGACCCAAAUUGUAGUGUGCCUUUGCAUUUCUUCAAACUAUGAUCAUGUCCUUCAGCAUGAGAGUUCUGAACAAAGUAAUCUGAAUGCCAUCCUUGCUUAAUAUUAUAUUACAGAAAAAGUUUGUUAGUUGGGUGAAUAAGAAAAAUUCCUGUUAUGGACUAAAUGUUUGUAGCCCCCCAGAAUUCAUAUGUUGAAGCCCUGAUUUCUAUUGUGAUGGUGUUUGGAGAUGGGGCUCUAAGGAAGUAAUCGGGUUUGAAUUAGGUCAUGAAGGUGGGACACUCAUGAUGGGAACAGUACCUUUAUAAGAAGUGGGAGAGAGAUUAUAAGAACAUAAAGAGAUUUCUUUCCAUUUGUAUACACAAGUCCUGUGAGUGCAGGACUUCUUUCUGUAGACAGAAAGAAGCUGUCUACAUACUAGGAAUUGGACCUUCACAGGAUUUGCCAGCACUUUGAUCUUGGGAUUUCCCAGCUUCUAUAACUGUAAGAAAUAAAUGUCUGUUUAAACCA